AUGGGUGGUUCUAUCGCCCGACUUCCGUCUCUGGUGGUGGUGGUGGUGGUGGUCGUCGUCGUCGUCGUCAUCGUGGUGCCGCCGCCGCCGUGUUCGUCGUCGCCGUUUCUCUCGGGCUCGGAGUUCAGCAGGGCCGAUUUCCCUCCGGACUUCGUCUUCGGCGCAGGGACCUCCGCUUAUCAGGUGAGGAGGGGAAGCACUGAGGAGCUAGGGCCCCGCCAGUUGCUGUGAUCUUUCCUUAUUUGAAGCAAUCUUUGUUGCUGGUGGCGAAUAAAUUGAUGUUCUGUGUUGAUGAUGGGUGGGGGGGCAGGUAGAAGGGGCAGCGGAUGAGGAUGGGAAGGGCCCUAGCAUCUGGGACACUUUCACACACGAAGGUCACUCGGGGCCUCUUCCUCCUUGCAUCGUCUUCGUCUUUUUCCUCCUCAUCUUCGUCUCCUUCGUCCUUCCUCUUCCACUUCUUCCUCCUCUUCUCACGUGGCCGGAGACGGAGAAAUGCAGGUAAGAUGAACGACGGGAGCACGGCGGACGUGACGGCCGACAGCUACCACCAUUACAAGGUAAGCCUUUUGCCAGCUGCGCUUUCUCUUGCUAUUUUGUCGGAGAUCCUGUUUUCAUGGAAUGUGUGCCCUUCAAAAUCCGGCCCGGGAAAAAUCUCCUCUUGCGCUGGCGACGCUCUCUCUCUCUCUCUCUCUCUCUCCACUCUUAUCCAUCAAUUGCCCCAUGCUACCACGUCCUACUUGACCACAGCCCGGACCGGCCCAAAAACUCAAUUUAUCAGCUUUACUGGGCCCCGAACGGAGCCCAGGGUUUGCCAAAGAAACAGUUUUGCGUAUAAACCAACCAAACCACAAGAGACCUUGUAUCCACAAAAAAUAAAACGGGUUUUUUUUUAUCCUUAAUGGUGUCCAUGGUGACCCAAAUACAAAGGGCUUUCCUUUAAUUAAAAAUAUUUCUCGAUAGAACAUCUCAUCUAGUCUUUAGACCCUUCUUUUCUCUGGCGAUCACUUGGAUAUCUUUUGUUCAUCAAGAUCGGAGAGUUUGAAAUUAUGUAUGCAUUAAAUGAUUCUUCUUCAGGUUCAAAAAACUAAGCAUAUUAUUUAUCGUAAUAGUUUUGUUGUUAUAACCACAGGUUGUAUGCAUGUGGGUUGUAUUCAGCAGGGUAUAUGUGGGAGUGAUUAGAUCUUAGCAUCGACCUGUUCAGCCAGCGCCCAGGGAAUUUUCGCAUGUUCUGGACCCCGACUGUCAUCACGCCGAACAGAGAAAUUAGGUGUUAUGAGGAUCUAAGCUUUAUCGCUUUCGCUCCCCCUUCCUGACCUCAGUUGCUGUUCAACAGAUGCUGAGUAGCCACACCAAUGUGUGGCAGCUGACGAGGCCUCAUGGUAGGGGUAUUGCUCAGUCUUUUAGGACAAUACACUACAGGGAGACAAGGGGUUGGUCAUAAGUGCACCUACAACCACCUUGGGCAAUUAUGAGGUGGUGAUGGUCAUGCCGGCGGUUGAUUUAAGUAAUACCAUAACCGCCCUACUCACUACAAGAGGACAUACCCAUAUUCACAGUAGUUAGUACACACUGCGCUGUGUAGUGCUGUCACGCUCCUCUGGACCACUCACCACCUAAGCUGUGUGCGUCUUGGGCUAUCAGUGCACUUCAGUGUGUGUGCGCCAGCUGUUCCGUUCCCUAUCAGUGGUCCCACAUUGUGCUGACGUGCACCUCUGUGUGAGCAUACUGGGCCAUGCCAACAUGCGCCAAUGUAUGCACAUAUAGAGAGAGUAGAAGAUGAAGACAACAGGGAGAUGCCAGGGGAGAGAAGAGAGAGAGUUGACCGUGGCAAUGAGGUUAGGUAUGAUAUGCUAGACGCUCCACGAUGCCUUUACGGUGCACUUCACAGAAACUUUACUAUUUCCUUAUUUUGGCUGAAUUUAUAUUGAUUAUUAACUGCUCCUUAAAUGAUUAAUCUUAGAGAAUGUUUUGAUAUAACCACAUUGUCUAGAUGCUUAAAUUCAUAUGGAUCAUAUUUGAAUUAUCCACAGUUCAAUUCAUUCUAUUCCCUUUAAAGACGACCAAAUUUAUUAAUUUUCAGUUCAUAUCUCGAAAUCUGAAUUUUAUUUCUUAGUCAACAAUAUGAACAGAUGAUUCUUGGAAGCCCAUGUGACUAGCCGUUGUAGUAGUUUCGAAAUAUUUUAUUUCGGAUGCUUGAAGUGAAAACCUUUAUUGUCAAAAGGGAUCUUAAAUGGAAACAAGUGACUUCACUUAAUUUCCUUUAUUAAUUAAGAAAAUAUGAACAGAUGAUUCUUGGACUCCCUAGUGACUAGCUGAACUAGUAGUUCGUUAAUUUAUUUUUUUUGAUUCCUGAUGUGAAAACUUUUAUCAAUGGGUGUGAUCUUAAAUAGAAAGUUCUCUGCGCAAAAUUAUGCAAGUAUAACAUGACCUAAAUAUGUUGAUCCAAAUUAAAAAAAUUAUGAUUAUAAUUAUGCUGAAGAGCUAAAAAUAUGAAGGGUAUGCAACCCAAGUCCCACCGAUUGUGAAAAUGAAUGUUUUGAUGGGUCAAUGAAAAGAGCUCAUGAAGAUUCUUCAAGUUUCAUUCGAGGUCUGAUGAUGAAUGGUGCUUUAAACAGGAAUAAAGUAAAAUUUCCAAAAGAAAGCACCAUGAUUGAGGCUCUCUCUCUCUCUCUCUCUCUCUCUCACUGGUAUCCCAAGAAAAACGUCAUUGAAAAGCACUAGAAUAAGCACACCCUUUCCCUCUCAAAAUAUUUUAAGUGCAAGUUAUGUGAUUCAUAAUUUUUAAGUGUACCCACUGAAGACAUUUAUGAAAGAAAUUUUAAAUAACAUAAAAUAAAUCAUGUUGAUGUUUUGAAACCCUAACAUGAUAGUUUUAAUACUUGGAUUCGUGACCUUAAACUUAUUCUUCUAUAGGAAGAUGUAAAGUUUAUGAGCGAAAUUGGGCUGGAGGGCUACAGAUUUUCCAUCUCUUGGGCAAGACUUCUUCCAAGUAAGAAAUUCUCGCCCAUUCUGUUCAGGUAGACGAAUAAAUCAUAUUUUCCUUCCUCUUGCUUCUUUUCACCGAUAUGAGGUUUCCACUUUUGCAGAUGGCAGAGGAGCCAUCAACCAAAAAGGGGUCGAGUACUAUAAUAAUCUUAUCGAUGAACUAGUCAAGCACGGUAACCAGAUUGUAAAAGUUUCCUAUUUUUUCAAUCGGGUGAAAAAUGAUGUGUACACGCUUUCGGAAUCAUCACAAUUGUUUCUCAUUGGUUCAACAGGGAUCCAACCACAUGCUACCUUGUAUCACCUUGAUCUCCCCCAAGUGCUUCAGGAUGAGUAUGGAGGCUGGUUGAGUCCCAAGAUCAUGUAUUUCCAGAAACCUUGCAUCUGUUGCCUCCUUUGGCUUAUUCGUCUUCUAAAAGUGAUGAUAUUUCAUUGCAGUGAUGAUUUUUUAGCAUAUGCGAACAUUUGUUUCCAAGAAUUUGGUGAUCGGAUUUCACAUUGGACCACACUUAAUGAGCCAAACAUUUUCACGCUUGGCUCGUAUGACCAGGGGAUACUACCCCCUAAUAGGUGCUCUUACCCAUUCGGGCUCAGGAAGUGUACGUCUGGAAAUUCUACAGUGGAACCGUACAUUGCCAUGCACAACAUUGUUUUGGCUCACGCAAGUGUUGUUGAGUUGUACAGAACAAAGUACCAGGUAUACCCCAACUGGAGACAAGUCAAGAGUUUCAUGUUCCUUGAUCUUAGUUUCCACAAGGUUCACCUCUAUUUUUUGGUUUGAUGGUGUAGGCAACUCAGAAAGGUUUUAUUGGGGUUAAUCUAUGAACCUCUGGAAUUUAUCCACUUACAAACUCAACAGCAGAUCUAGAGGCAGCCCAAAGGGUAUUUGACUUCUUGUUCGGGUGGUUAGUAAGCAAUUUGUUUUCACUUUCUAGUACUCAACACUCUUGUUAGCUUUUCACUACUUGCUUUGUGUUUUACAAGUGCAUUUCCUCUUCAGAUUACUUAUUCUCAUUCACUUAACGAUCAAUGGCAGGGUUUUGAACCCCCUUCUGUUUGGGGACUACCCGGAGAACAUGAAGAAGAUAGCAAGAUCGAAAAUCCCAUCUUUCACAGAGAGCCAAUCCAAACAACUGAAGGGCUCCAUUGAUUUUCUUGGGAUUAAUCACUAUUCAUCUUUGUAUGCUUCAGAUAAUCCUAAGACAGAUCAGACAGGUGUCAAUAAUUUCUAUGGCGAUAUGUCGGCUUCACUUUUAGGUUGUCCUUACAUGCUCUCUCUCCUAUAUUUGGGUGGUCGUCUAUUAAGGUGGAAGGAAAUCCAUGUCAUGCAAUUAACUAAACCGAUUGUGUUCCUUAUUGCCGAAUGAUAUUCAGUUUAACAUCCGAAUAAACUCCGUAGGUAUCAGAGCACAUGUUUAUAGCUUAUGUAUGCGGUUCCUGUAAUUUAAAUCGCGGUUAAUAUGUGGGUAGCUUUGGAGGAGCAGGGGUGAAAUAAUGCGGGAAAAAUAAGUUCUUUCUGACUUUAUUCGUACUAGCAUCGAGUCUGAUGGCUUGAUUAUCUAUCUAGCUCCAUCUAACGCCACCUUUUUUGAUUUUGAUAUCUUCUUCUUAUUGCAAUGAUCGAUUACAGUUUCAAUGGAUACUGGACCGGGUAAAGAGGUAGAGACUUUCUUUAACUACUUUUAUUUUGUGGUUUGUGACCUGAUGAACUGAGGUGCUUGAUUGUCCUGUAGCCGCUUGUUCCUGAUUCCCUUCCUAUUGAUUCUGCUGGCUUGGAGAGUUUUCUACUGUGCUUGAAGAGCAAAUAUGGAAACCUACCCAUCUACAUUCACGAGAAUGGUUUGCUUUCUAUAUCUAUUGCAACCUAAUAUCAACGAUUCCCCUGCAAAUGGAUACUGGUAACAGAUAUUUUUCCUCUUGUCCUUUGCAUCAGGUUUUCGAACUCCAUAUAAUGCUGUGACGUUUAAUGACACUGAACGGAUUAAUGCAAUUAAUAGUUAGCUCGGUGCACUGCUAUCUGCAAUUAGGUGAGUCUGUCCCUCGUAAUCUAUGUCGAAGCUUCUAGAUAUGAUAUGAACUUGUUCGAGUCAUUGUAAAAGUCUUAACGUGUUUGUCUUCCAAAUGUCUGGUUGUUUCAGGAAUGGAUCGAAUGCUAGAGGGUACUUUGUCUGGUCAUUCUUGGACGUCUUUGAGAUUUUAACAGGGUUCCAAGUUCGAUAUGGCCUCUACUAUGUUGACUUUGACGACGAGAACCGAAGGCGCUAA